GCCUCGCUUGCGAGUUGAAUUUGAUAUUUACAGUGCAAAUGACUUCUGAAAUGGCGUCUUAUCUUCCAUAUUUAACAGCACUAUUCUAUUACUUAUACAUGAUGUUAGUGCAGGAACAUCGAGAUGAAAUCUACACAAUAUAUGAUUGGUUUAACAUCGGCUUAUGGGUUUUUAUAUUUUUGAUAAGAAUUUACAUUGUGAAUUAUACCUGUGAGAGUGUUACGGUUAAGGCUAAAGAAAUUAAUAAAACAAUUCACCAAUUAACAAACAUCCUUCAAAACAAUGAUAUUAAAAAAGAGAUUCAUCAGUUUACUCUACAAACACUGCAUCAUCCUGUGAGAUUCACUGGAAUGGGUCUCUUUAAUUUUGGCUAUAAAUUUCUUCGCAAGUUUUACACGGCAAUAUUAAUGUACGUGAUCAUCAUGGUGCAGUUUAAAAUACCUAAUAGUUAUUAGAUAAGUGUAUACG